UACCUGCAUCAUCUGUUGUCCUGCAACUCCACGAUCCCCAACCAUUGCAGAGUGCUCUUUCACAAAAAAUAAUACACCGCGUGUGACGCGACGGCAUGCAUGCAUGCAUGCUUCCGUUGACUCGUCUGCACACAGCCCACAGUCUCGUCUGUGCAAGUGCAACUCUCGAAGAUCUCACUAUUUUCUGUACCUGUGGAAAGAUCUGUUUCAGAGAGAGAGAGAGAAGCCUGUAUUCAGCACCUAGUCACACCGACCAUCUCGUGUGACUGUGACAGCCUGACUGGUGAGCAACGUACUCGCUACAUAAACAGCUGCAGCACGAGCAGACGAGCCCAACCAGAUGCAAUGCAAGCUCCUCCGAGGAAGAUGCCGCGGCGCAACCCCCUCCUCCCACUAUUCCUCCUGCCCAUCUCGGCGCUCGUGCUGGCGUGGCCGGCAUCGUGCACCGCCGACCCCGUCCCCGUGCUCUUCCCGGUGGCCAAGGACCCAGCCACCUCCCUCUACACCAUCCCCGUCCGGGACGGCGCCAGCCACGUGAUCGACCUCGCCGGCCCGCUCCUCUGGUCCACGUGCGACGACGACCACCUGCCGGCCAACAUCUCCUGCCGCGACCGGCUCUGCAAGCUCGCCAACGCCUACCGCGCGCCGAGCUGCGGCGGCGGCGUCGCGGGCCACCCGUGCUCAAAGCGGUGCAAGGCGUACCCGUACAACCCCGUCACGGGGCGGUGCGCGGCGGCGGACCUCGUCCACACCAGGCUCGUGGCCAACACCACCGACGGGCGGAACCCGCUGAGCCAGGUCCCGGUCCGCGCGGUGGCCGCGUGCGCGCCGCGGACGCUCCUGGACCACCGGCUGCCCAGGGAUGCCACGGGCGUCGCGGGGCUGUCGGCCGCCGGCCUCGCGCUGCCCGCGCAGGUCGCGACGUCGCAGCGCGUCGCCAACGCCAACGCGUUCCUGCUCUGCCUCCCCAGGUCCGGCUCCGGCGACGGUGUGGCGGUGUUCGGCGGCCGGGGCCCCUUCUUCCUCAAGCUCUUCGUCACCGGGGAGCCGUCGAGCGGGGACCUCACGCGGACGCUGCAGUUCGCCCCGCUCCGCAGCAGGCCGGGCAACCCUCUGUACUACGUCCCCGUGAGCGGCGUCGCCGUCGGCCGGGCGCCGGUGCCGCUCCCGCCGCGCGCGCUGGCCGCCGGCGGCGUCGUUCUGUGCACCAGGGUGCCGUACACCGCCCUCCGCCCCGACGUGUACCGCCCCGUCGUGGAGGCUUUCGACAGGGGACUGGUACGGAGCGACAUGAGGGUGGCCGCCGUGCCGCCCUUCGAGUUCUGCUACAACCGGACCCUGCUGCCGCCCACGCGGCUCGGCUACGGCGUGCCGGAGAUAGCCCUGCUGCUGGAGGGCGGCAAGCAGGAGUGGACGUUCGUCGGCAGCAGCUCCAUGGUGGACGUGGACGCGCGCACCGCCUGCCUCGCGCUCCUCGAGAUGAAGGGGGUCAAGGCCGGGGACCCCAGCGCGGCGGCGGUGGUGGUCGGGGGUUUCCAGAUGGAGGACCACCUGCUGCAGUUCGACCUGGAUAAGAAGCAGCUAGGGUUUGCCAGGGUGCCCAUUCCUUCUGCGUGCAGCAACUUCAAUUUCACCAGGGGGCGACAGUAGCAGAAUAAAGAAGAGUAGGCAGUGUCGGCGCGCGCGCGCAGGUUCUAUAUCAUAGUCAACUGGACAUUGCAUGCUAGCGACCUCCCAUGGAUGUCAUCGCCGGUUGCUCGGCCUGUUCAAGUCGUAGCUUGGUUUAUAGUAAUGAUCACGUGCAUCUUGAUUCUUGACAGAUUGCCACUACGACGGUACGACCACAUUACGUGCUGGAAACUGUCACGUAUUUAGGUGGUGUUUCAUUCGCAAAAAUUAACGUAAAUGAAUUACAUGGGGUAAUGGAUAUGCUGAUAUGCAUACUUUAGUUUA